AUGUCCAAGCCAAAAGUCUACAUUGUCGGAGUCGGUAUGACCCCAUUCACAAAGCCCGGCUCCACCGGCAAAGACUACCCGGAGCUGGUCAAAGACGCCGUCACCGACGCCCUCAACGACUGUGGACUCCAAUACAAGGACGUUCAACAAGCCACCGUCGGCUACUUGUACGGCGGAACUUGUUGUGGUCAGCGCGCCUUGUACGAGAUCGGUUUCACCGGCAUUCCCAUUUACAAUGUGAACAAUGCGUGCGCCAGUGGCUCGUCGGGUGUGUUUUUGUGCAAACAAAUCAUCGAAGGCGGCAAUGCGGACGUUUGUUUGGCCGUGGGAUUCGAGAAAAUGGCACCGGGAUCGUUGGAGAAGAUGCAGCCAUUAAUGGAGGAUCGGACUUUUUCGACCGAAAAACAUAUCCAGGUAAAGAGAUUAACGGCAGAGCACUGUUAAAAGUGAUCUGAAAAGGCCUUUAACCCUUUCCGGACGAGUCGGCACGUACUGGUAAAAAUGAAAGAGGGUACCCUACUGAGUAACGGCAUAAUAGUGGUUCAGCCCAUCGAAGCGUUAUUUGUUACUUAUGACAAAAAUAUCACUUUUAAAAUUUUUGCGACAAGCUGUAGAUCGGAAACUACCCCUAAAUUAAAGUCGAGGAGUCCUAGUAUUGUUACAUCCAAGAACUGUCCAAAUAGGAGCACUAUGUGAUUUGUUAUCGAUUUUUGGAAAUUGAAUUUUUAAUUUUGGUCAAUUUUGGACCUAAAAUCAAGUAUAUCUUCCGCCGGUAUCAACCAUUUCGUUCCAACUGUGGUUUUUCCGAAUCUAUUGUGAUGCUAGCUUCUUCCUAGAAUAUUUCCAGAAAAAACCUACGAGGCGUAUUUCUGUAAAACGCGGAAACGUUGAAAGUUUAAAGGUUUGAUCGUAUAAAAUGUCGCCGCGAGCCGCGAAGGGACGGGCGCAGCUUGAAACGAGAAAAUAAUAAUUUUUUCUUCGAGAAAUAUUAUUUUAGUGUCGAAAAGCUGAUUUCAACACGAAAUACAGGCAGAAAUAGCACGCAAACAUUACAUAAAUGUCAUUUUUAUAUUUUUACUCUGUUUUCAGGCAAUUUCAAUCGAUUUUAAUUUGGUUUCACGCUAAAAUCAAACUUCCCGAAAAAUUUAAAAAUGUUUUCUGGUUUCGAGCUGCGCCCGUCCCUUCUCGGCUCGCGGCGACAUUUUAUACGAUCAAACCUUUACACUUUCAACAUUUCCGCGUUUUACAGAAAUAUGCCUCGUAGGUUUUUUCUGGAAAUAUUCUAGUAAGAAGCUAGCAUCACAAUAGAUUCGGAAAAACCACAGUUGGAACGAAAUGGUUGAUACCGGCGGAAGAUAUACUUGAUUUUAGGUCCAAAAUUGACCAAAAUUAAAAAUUCAAUUUCCAAAAAUCGAUAACAAAUCACAUAGUGCUCCAUUUGGACAGUUCUUGGAUGUAACAAUACUAGGACUCCUCGACCUUAAUUUAGGGGUAGUUUCCGAUCUAUAGCUUGUCGCAAAAAUUUUCAAAGUGAUAUGUCAAAUGGGGGUACUUUUUAGGACAUUUUUUGUCAUAAGUCCCAAAUAACGUUUCGAUGGGCUGAACCACUAUUAUGCCGUUACUCAGUAGGGUACCCUCUUUCAUUUUUACCAGUACGUGCCGACUAGUCCGGAAAGGGUUAAACAAUUUCGAAUAAAUUUGGGACAAAAUGUCAAAAUGACGAAAUGUCACAAAUUCUUUGACAUUUGGUAACAGCAAAAAGAUUGCUAGAAUUCGCAAAAAGCACAUAUCUUUAUCAAAAUAGAUUCUUCACAGACUGAAAUUACUACUUGCAAAAAAAAAUUUGGCAAAAUGUCAAAAUCGACGAAAUGUCACAAAAUUUUUGACAUUUCGCAACAUCAAAAAAAUCUCAGAAUUGUCAAAAAAAACGUAAUUUCAUUAACAUCCUUCUGAAAGACUGAAUUUGCGACUUGUUAGCAAAUUUUGUACAAAUGUCAAAAAACGACGAAAUGUCACAAAAUUUUUGACAUUUCGCAACAUUACUGGUUCCUUCUAAAUUACCAAAAAAUAAUAUCUUGUUGUCUCUUUUAGGUCAUGAACGAUACCUAUGGCAUUGGUCCCACUCCAAUUCUCUGCCAAAUGUUCGGCCACGCCGGCAAAGAGCAUAUGGAGAAAUACGGUACAAAAAGAGAGCACUUCGCCAAGAUUGGGUGGAAAAAUCAUCUUCAUUCCGUGAAUAAUCCGUGAGUUUUUAAAAUACGCCAUACGCUACCUUGCUUCCAAGAUGCUUUAGUGGAUGCACAGUGCAAAAAAAAAUUUUUUUAAAAUUGCACCGUGCAAAAAGUCGAUCAUUAAAAAAUGUGGAUUGUGGAAAGCACAGUGCAAAAAAUUUUUUCGUCAUAAAAAUUAUUUUGCGCAGUGCAGAAUAUUUUUUUUUCACUGUGCAAAAUAUAAGAAAAUUGUGCACAAAAAAUCAAAAAGAAAUACAAUUUUGUGUUUAAAAUACGGUUACCAUAUUGUUCUCAUCUUUUCACGCAAAUCUUCAUACAAAAUUUUCCUUCAAAAAAAUUCAAAAAAAAAAAUCCAAUUCUCAUCCAAUUUUCAGAAAAUCCCAAUUCCAAAAGUACUAUCCUUUGGAGCAGGUUCUCAAAGCCCGCUCGAUGCACGAAUGCUUGGGGCUUCUGGAGUGUUCACCCACCUCUGACGGCUCUGCCGCGGCGGUGUUGGUCUCCGAAAGAUGGCUGGCCAAGAAUCCGCAUUUGAGAGAGCAAGCGGUCGAAAUUGUCGGUAAGAAAAUGGGAAAUCAAUGUUAAAGUGUUGUGUUAUCGUUUUUUCUCAUUUUUUUUAGGAAUGGAAUUGGCCACAGAUGAGCCAAGUGUUUUCGCCGAGAACUCAAAUCUGAAAAUGACUGGAUUUGACAUGGCCAAGAAAGCGGCUGAUCGUUUGUAUCAGAAGACCGGCAAGUGUCCAAAUGAUGUUCAGGUAUGCAAAAGCAAUGUCCGACGUAUUUUACACAAAAAAUUGCAAAAAUUUAAUUUUUCAAAAAACCAUAAAAAAUGCACGGUGCAGGAAAAUAAACAAAAUGCAUCGCGCAAAAUCUAUGCAUAGACGUUUUAGAGUCCAAUUUACACAGUAAAUAAAAAAUUACACCUUUAAAAAUAUUAAAAAAUCUCCUUUUUCCCCAAAAAAUCAAGUUUCUUAUUUCAGGUAAUCGAGCUGCAUGACUGCUUCGCUUCCAACGAGUUGGUGACCUACGAGGCGAUCGGCCUGUGCCCCAUCGGGAAGGGCGGCGAAAUUGUCGAUCGCGGCGACAAUACCUACGGCGGGAAGUGGGUCAUCAACCCGUCCGGCGGGCUCAUCAGCAAGGGGCAUCCCAUUGGCGCCACUGGUAAGGAGUUUGGGGAGAAAUUCUGUGUGAACUUAAGAAAUCUGCCUGUCGGGAAAAUAGCGAGCGUUCUGUCGGAGCAAAAAUCGCAUCGAUCCUCUUAAUUUGCCCAGUGCGGUUUUUGCGGAUCGCUGCGGAAACCGCAAAAAAUUGUUAACGCUUUUUGCAAUAUUGCCGCUCAUGUUCUGCUCAUUUUCAGCACGAUGAUUUUUUUCGCGAGAAAUUAUCGCAAUCUUUUAUUUCUGGUAUAUUAGAGUGUCUUCUUUUUUGGUUCCGUCGGGAAAAUAAUGUGGAUUCGUCGCACUUUUGAAUCGCCCAUCAUCGCUUUGCGACGGCAAGCCGCGGCUAGGGAUUUGAAGCACCCGACCAAGCAUGACAUUUCGCUGCGACAAAUCCACAUUAUUUUCCAGACGGACUGAUAAUUUGGUUUUUCAUAGCCCCUAACACUUGUAUAAUACAUUUCUUGCGACCUCGUGACUGCUCCAUUUUUUAGCAGACGGGCAUUUUUUGCCUUCCAAAAUUCGCUCUUAUCAGAACUAUUAGUAAUAAAUAUGUUCUCUUUAUCAAAUGCGGAGACAGAAAGCGCCGACUAGAUGACCAUUAAAGUUUUGGUUUUUGGCUAUAUAACCAAUUUUUGACAUGCUGAUUGAACUUUCGAUCAACGCUUUGACCAUCAAACAGAUAACUUUUCUUUAGGCGUCGCGCAGAUCGUCGAGCUCUCCAACCAGCUCCGAGGCCGUUGUGGGAAACGUCAAGUUCCCAAAGUCAGACUGGCUAUGCAACACAACCUCGGAAUCGGCGGAGCCGUCGUUGUUGGGCUCUAUCAACGAGCGGAUGGCGGAGUUUCGCCUGGCCAAGGGACCCUCUCGUUGGCCGGACUUGGAGUGGAGGGUGUUGGAGGAGGAGCGGGAGGAAACUCGGGAGGCUCCGGAGGCAAUUCGGAGUUCAAGUCGGAUGUGAUUUUUGAGGAAAUCAAGAGCAGAGCUGGAGAGGCGAGUUAGCGAGGAGGUUUUUAAAAGUGGUUGAUUUUUAGGGGAAACUUUAGUAAUCUUUUCGCAAGCUCGUUGGAGUGAUUUCUGCGAUGUUCACUACAAACAAAAAUACUGUAGUUUUUGCCCUUACAAACCAAAAUUAAGCAGCUAAUUUUAACAUAUUCUGAAGCAAAAAAAGUUUACGAUUUUUUAAUAUAUGUCUCUACCUAUAACUCCGUACCCCAUAGAAGUGCUUUCCUUGUGAAAAAGCGUAAUUUUCUGCACAGUGCAAGCCGCAAAAAAUCACUCCAGCGGCUUUGCGAGCGCUGGGAUUCCUGUUGUGAAAAGUGGUCGUAUUGUAAGACCACUUUUUCACCGAGUCUCCGCGAAUCGUCCGACCUUUCCAAUACUCGUAGGCUUUCCUAACCGAAGAAAUCUCGGUCCUUUCUGCAAAGCGCGAGCUAGCUGUCACACAUAUGUCCUAGAAGAAAUUUGUCUAAAUUUUGACCAAUUUCUUCAAAAUCUGAGCGUCGCAUUCAAAUUUUGGACGAUUUUUUGAUCGAAAAAUAUGCUCAUUUCUCUUGUAGGAGCCCGACCUCGCCAAACAAGUGAAGGGUUCGUUCCGAUUCACCAUCACCGCCGACUCGGGCAAUAAGAAGUCCUGGACGGUGGAUAUGAAGAAGCCAACGCCCUACAUUGGCACCGACUCCCAGGACAAAGCGGACGUCGAGAUUCUGGUCAAAGACUCCGACUUCAUCCUGAUCAGUCAAGGCAAAUUGAAGCCCGACCAAGCGUUUAUGAGCGGAAAAAUGAAAAUCAAAGGCAACAUCAUGAUGGCCAUGAAGCUGAAGGCCAUCUUGGACCCCAGCAAGCUCAAAGCAAAGUUGUAA